AUGGUGUCUGCACAAUCGAACCUUAUUCGAAAUAUUGUGGCAAUAAUAGGGAAUGGCAUCGCUCUAUGUUUGUUCUUAUCGCCAACGCCAACAUUCAUACAGAUUGUGAAAAAGAAGUCAACAGAAGAAUAUUCACCAGUACCGUAUUUGGCGACUCUCAUAAACUGCCUCGUUUGGGUUCUGUAUGGGCUCCCUAUGGUACAUCCGCACAACACACCGGUCCUUACAAUCAACGGCACAGGGAUCAUAAUUGAAGUUGUGUUCAUUACCAUUUUUUUCGUUUACUGCGGCCGUCAAAAACAGCGUUUGGUAAUAGCCGCUGUUUUAGCGGGUGAAACCGUUUUCGUGGCUGUUCUCACAGUGUUGGUCUUCACUCUACAACACACUACAAAAGAACGUUCGUUGAGCGUUGGAAUCAUUUGUUGCGUUUUCAACGUGAUGAUGUAUGCUUCUCCAUUAUCUGUCAUGAAAAUGGUAAUAAAAACAAAAAGCGUGGAGUUCAUGCCGUUUUGGCUGUCGCUAGCUGCGUUUCUAAACGCAGGCGUUUGGACGGUUUAUGCACUCAUACAAUUCGAUCCAUUCAUCGCUAUACCAAAUGGAAUUGGGUGUGUAUUUGGACUGGCCCAAUUAAUUUUGUACGCUGCUUACUAUAAAUAAUGGCGGAAAGAAAUAUCAAGUGCG